CAAUUCGGUUUCUUCUCGUUUCUCGUAAUUAGUCUUACCUUAGCUAGAUAACGAAUGGUAUGUUACACAACCGAUUGUUUCUGAAUUCUUACCAGUUCUGAGUGAAUAUGUAAAACGGGUCGUUGCCACUGGAUUAAUUGAAUCGAAUCGUUAAAAUGAUUGAUGAACGGACAUCUUUAUUCGGUGAUACAAGAGCCGGUCCGUCGUAUGUAUUUCCGGGCAGACAUCCGCGAACUCAAGUUCGACAGAUCAAACGAUUUCAAUGUUGUAUCUGCACAUCGUUCAUAUGUGUUGUUGUAAUGGCAUUGAUAAUUGCUAUAACAUACUCGUUGUCUGAUGAUCGUAGUAAUAUCGAUCCGCCUAUUAACACAGCAACUGAAGCACGGACUAGUGCAGCAACUGAUGAUGGCAUAGUGAAUCCAGACAGAAUACUGAAUGAAUCGGAAAUUUUCACAAUAUUGCUGGGAACGAAUUGGCCGUUAACCGACGAGGCACCAACGAAGUGGCAACUACCUGCACUGACACCCGAAGAAAUGAAAAGUGCUCAGUAUGUAGGUGUUAAGGCCCUAGGCGAUCGAGAAUUAUUGGAGGAGAAUACAUCGUCACCCGAAAUAAAUUCACCGUCGUACCGACAUCAAAGGGCUGUCAGUACCACACUAGAAGCCAGAAUUUUGACCAAGCGAGGAUUCGUGGAGAAUCACAUGACCAAAGAGAUUGCAACAAAGCAUUCCGUUGAGAAACCGGCCAAUAGGUGGAACAUCGGUCACGGGGUGUUGAUCGCAUUGGAUGCUCCCAACUUAGAAGUUAACUGUGAUUUUAAUUCAAAGUAUCGAAAUGCAAAUGGUACUUGUAACAAUAGGGAUUUUCCAUUAAUCUAUGGCGUAGCCAUGCAACCAUUUCGAAGAGCACUGCAACCAGAUUAUGCCGAUGGAAUAUCAGCACCACGUCGCACCAGUGACAAUGGAACGCUCCCAUCGGCCAGAAAAAUUUCGACCAAAAUUCAUCGUCCCUCAUAUUCGAGUGAUCCCAAUUUUACGGUCAUGCUGGCUGUAUUUGGACAAUUUCUAGAUCAUGAUAUCACAGCUACCGCACUGAAUCAAGGACAAGAUGGUGCUCCAAUCGAUUGCUGCGAUCCGACAAAACCUGUGCACCCCGAAUGCUUUCCCGUAGAAAUAGGACCGGAUGAUCCGAAUUUCAUUAAGUAUAACGUAACGUGUAUGAAUUUCAUACGCUCAGCGCCAGCACCUACUGGUCAUUUCGGUCCACGAGAACAGUUAAAUCAAGCAACUGCCUUCAUUGAUGGUUCAGUUGUCUAUGGGGCAACGGACAAACGAACCCAAUCAUUGAGAUCAAAUGAGAACGGACUGCUUCGAAUGUACAAUACGCCAGAUAAUCGAACAUUAUUGCCAGUGUCAACGGAUCCGACAGACGGUUGCAAUGAAGCCGAAAUGAAUGCGAAGGGGAGAUAUUGCUUCGAAUCGGGCGACACACGAGCAAAUGAAAAUUUGCACUUAACGUCGAUGCAUGUAAUAUGGGCCCGCCAGCAUAAUUUUUUGGCAACGAAUUUGCGUGCCUUAAACCCGGAAUGGACGAAUGACAUCGUAUUUGAGGAAGCAAAACGAAUUCUCGGUGCGCAAUUACAGCACAUAACGUACAAUGAAUUUUUGCCGGUUCUGUUGGGUAGGGAAUACAGUAAAAAUGUUGGCAUCUUGACAGAUCCAGAGACCAGAAUCGAUCAUUACGACUCAACCGUUGAUGCAUCUAUUGCGAAUGUGUUUGCCGCUUGUGCAUUUCGAUUUGCUCACACACUAUUGCCAAGUAUGAUGAAAUGGACCAACGCAAAUUCAACCGAGUACAUUGAACUACAUAAGAUGCUCUUCAAUCCAUACUCGUUGUGGGGUAAUGGUGGACUAGAUUCGGCGAUUGCCAGUGCCAUUCAGACGAAUCUGGCCAAAUCCGAUCAAUAUUUCACCACUGAACUAACAGACAAACUAUUCCAAAAGAACGCCAACAAUUCAUCAAAGCCACAGCCGAGAAAUGCAAAUCUGGACUUGGUGUCGUUAAACAUCCAAAGGGGUCGAGACCACGGCCUUCCGGCCUAUCAUGAAUGGCGAAAAUAUUGCAAUCUACCGACCGUUGAUUCCUGGGACACAAUGCAGUAUGCAGUCGAUGCUGAUUCAUUGGCUAAUAUGAAAACGGUCUACAAAGAUGCGGUCGAUGUCGAUUUAUAUACCGGUGCGUUAAGUGAGAAGCCAAUGGAAGGAGCAAUUAUCGGUCCGCUUUUGUCGUGUUUGAUAACAGAUCAAUUUUUGCGCAUCAAAAAAGGAGAUUCACAUUGGUAUGAAAGGCCUGUAGGACCUCAACGCUUUUCGGCCGAUCAAUUGAAACAAAUUUACAACACAACACUGGCGUCCAUCAUAUGCCGCAAUUCGGAUGCCGUAGAACAUUCGCAACCGUUCGUCAUGCAGCAGAUAAGAACUGACAAUGAAGUCACGAAUUGUCAACUGUUGGACACAUUCGAUUUUUCGCCUUGGGUCUACGAUCCGUUGGCCAAGUCGAUUGGAAAUUUCGUAAAAGUUCAAAGGAACCAAAUUAGAGCCGUCAAUGUGAUUACCAAUACCAGUUCAGUUUCUGAACCAAAUAAGCGAAUAAAUUUGUAAUUGAAAA